UUACUUUGUUAGAUAAGAGUUGAAGUUAAGAAGUAAAGAACCUGUUUUAUGAGCAGCGAAUGUCUACUGCGUGACCCCUCACGCAAUACACUCGACAAUGGCGUCAAGUCGCGUGACCCCUCACGCGUUGCCACGUCGUCCUUUGGUAGUGGUAAAUCCUCGCUAACACGUGACAGUACGCGUGACAGUGCACGUGGGCGCUACCACUUGGUAACUGACGUGCUUUUUGAUGAACUAAGGGGAUUAAACGUGUCCUGUAAAACUUCCUCCACUGAAACUGUAGUGAGUGGUGACACAGCAGCGCACUCAGAAGAACCCAAAACCUCUAAACGAAGAAAGGUGCAGUCGAAAAGAGCUCGACAGUACGAGGUUUCCGGUGACCUAGAAACAGGGUCCGGUAACCAAGCAACAAGCUCAACUACAGAAGGCAGCUCUAGUCCUGAAAAUGAGAAUUCUAAUUUAAACUUACUGACGUUCCUAAAUGGACAGGAGAGGGAGAACGGAGACAACGAGGACAGCGGGAACAAGGGCGUGAAAAGAGAGAAAAAAAGUGCAGAAAGAGUUCCUAAUUGCUACAGAAGGUGGGUUGCUCCCCCUGAUGUAAAGGUAGACGGAGGUACGAAUAUCUCCCCCUCUCCAUCUAGAGUCUCCCUCAAUCUCUAUCCUCGCCCUCCUUCCUCACCCUCUCCUGAACACUCCAGAGCUUCGCGGCGGCGGCUCAAACCUCCUCCCUCUCCUCCCUUCCUCCAUCCCUCUCCCCCUCUCCACAGUCACCACCUCCACACAGACCGGAGUGUCCAGACCACAGACUCAGCUCUGCACUGUAUCCGCUGCUCUCGCCUCCUCUCUCCCCCCUGCAACCCCUUCACUCGGCCUCCCUGCCCUGCGUUACCACGUGCUGACAUUGUGCUGGUUAACAGUACCGCUCAUAUCACACACAGUGACUCUCUGUUUAGAGGAGAGUUUGAGGAUAACCUGAUUGAGGAACUGGGGGCUACUAUACAGAAGAUUAAGAGUUAUGAGAAGGAGUAUGUGUACACAGUGAUAGGGGGAGGCUGGGAGUGUCUGGUUGAGAGUGCCGUACAGUUCCACGUGUCCUGUCCUCUUAACGUCACCAGGACUGCUCAACAUAGGAUAGAGGAUGAAGGAGAGGAGGGUAUUAUUGAUAAGAUAACGAGCUUCUUCGAGACUGAUCAGGAGGUCGACUAUAUAUCAGCUCCGUUCAGAUGGGACAAAAAGGAGCUGUUUGCUGGUAUCGAGGAUCCGGACACUUUCUUCAGAUCUUCUCUCCGAUCCUUCCUUACUCAUCACAUUCUGAUACGAACUGACGUCAGCAAAAAGAAGGACACCUCUGAUGGAAUCAAUAUCCGAGCAGGAAAUACUCAAACGAAGGGAGGAAUGAAUUCUCUUGGUUUGAACUACCUGAAGCUGAAAGGAGUCUACACUGACGUGUUUAUUUUACACGACAGACCCUCUACACUGCACAGAAGAAAGGCUUUCAAAGAAGAGGACGAAGAUUCGAAAGUUGUGGACCCCAGAGCUGAGCUAUGGAGCAGUUGGAAACUUUGGUACAAAUUCCAACCCCUCUGGAAAAUACGGAACUAUUUUGGAGAGAAAAUAGCUUUUUACUUUGCUUGGAUAGAACUUUACAUAUUGACGCUCAUCGUCCCCACUAUAUUCGGCAUCGUCUCUUUUAUCUACGGAAUCAGCUACUCAGGAAAAGGUGUCAGCCUAGACGAGGAGAACGUCACAACGGCUCUGUACAACGCGUUUACAAUCUUCAAUAAUCCUCUUACUCCCUGGUUCUCUCUAGCUCUCUGUAUCUGGGGGACUCUCUUUGUGGAACAAUGGAAACGGAGGAGUAACUCCCUCAAGUACGAGUGGGAUGUGAGCAACUUUGAACAACUUGAACCAGACAGACCACAAUUCUACGGAAGUAAGACGAGAAAGAACCCUAUAACUGAGGAGGAGGAGUGGUACUACCCAUUCUACAGACUCUACCUCAAGAUCUCCUUCUCUGUACUCACUAUCGCCUUUAUGGUGUUCCUUGUUAUGGCUUCUACUGUGGGUGUUAUCGUGUUCAGGACUGCCUUCAACGCUGGAAACUACCUGGCCAGUCUUCCAGUUAGGGAAAGUUAUGAAACCGAUGCGGCGUUUGAGGCUGCUACGGCUCUGUCUAAAGAUAAUAACGCUCUCUACACAUCCGUUCUGUCUUCUGUUCUCAACGCACUGGCUAUUAUGUUCCUGGGAUUUGUAUAUGAGAAAUUAGCGUAUAUGCUAACUAACUGGGAGAACCACAGGACGCAAACUGCUUACGAUGAUGCGCUUAUUAUCAAACUAUUCGCAUUCCAGUUUGUUAAUAACUAUGCGUCUCUUAUCUACAUUGCUUUCUUCAAGGAGGAUGUGUCUGAGAAUGGUAUGUUCGGAAUGUCUUCAUGGAAAGACACCUGCGGAUACGAAGAUAGCAACGGAAGGCCUCUCUGCUACCCUAUGCUGGUGAUGCAGGUCGCUGUUCUUAUGAUCCUGAAACCGAUGCCCAAGUUCUUUAAAGAUGUUGUAAUUCCUAUUCUGCUUACUUUGUGGGCUAAAUUCAGAAACAAUGUGCUACCCAGAGACAGUAAUGAUAAUAUAGAGGCAGUUAAUGCGGGUCCGGAAAAGACAAAAGAGCUGAUUGAUAUUAUUGAGGAGGACAGGAAACUUCUCGCUGGAGAUACUGAUUUCACGCUGUCUGAGUACACCGAGAAGUGUAUAAUGUACGGUAUUAUCAUGCUGUUUGGCACUGUGUUCCCUCUAGCGCCUCUAGUCGCUCUUAUCUGUAACAUGGUGGACGUCAGAGUGGACGGUUACAGAAUACUCUGGAAAAACAGAAGAUACAUUGCACAGCGUGCUGAGGAUAUUGGUAUUUGGCAGUAUAUUCUAGAAUUUCUGAACAUGGUGGGUGUUGUGGUGAACUCUCUUAUCUUAGCCUUCACUCUGAAGGGAAGCAGCUCUAUUUUAUUCAAACCAGAUGUUGAGGGAUCGAACAUCAACUCAUAUGAACCGUGGAUGGUAGCGUUUGCAUUUGAACACGUGUGUUUUGCACUGAAGUUCAUUGUUUCCUACGUUAUUCCUGACGUGCCCAGUGACGUGCAGUUCAAGAUGAGAAAGGAACAAUUCCAAGUAAACCAGCUCUUUGAGAAGGGACCAACUAAGAAGGACAGUACUGGAGCUAACGGUAACCCUACAGUGUAGUUACCAUGGUUAACAUGUAGUUACUAACGGUAACCCUAAAGUGUAAUUACAAUGGUUACUAUGUAGUUACUAACGGUAACCCUACAGUGUAAUUACCAUGGUUACUAUGUAGUUACUAACGGUAACCCUAAAGUGUAAUUACAAUGGUUACUAUGUAGUUACUAACGGUAACCCUACAGUGUAGGGAAAAAAAUAUUAAAGUUGUUACUCAUUGUUACUGAGUCUCAACCUGAGGUGACAAUUGUUAUAUAUCUUUAACUUCUCAUUUAAACGAUAUUAUGAUGAAUUUUUAAAAGCUUUGUAAAUGAGGAAAGCGAUUUACGAACGGUAGUUUUUUUUGCUUGAAGUUUUGGUUUUUUUCUAGUAUAUUAGCAUAUGCUACAGUUCUAAUGUUACUAAAGUUACGAUGUAGUUACUAUGGUUACUAUUAAGUUACUGUGAUGACUAAAUAGUUACCACGGUAACCAUGUAGUUAAUAAAGUAUCUAUGUAGUUACUAUGGUAACUGUUUAGUUACUAUGGUUACUAUUUAGUUACUAAAGUAACUGUUGUACGCUGAUGUUGAGGGUAAUGACAGUCUAUGAUUUUGUAUAGGACAGUGAAUUUAUAUAUUACAUGAUAUUGAUAAUCUAGCUUUAUUUUUAGUUUUUAAUUUCACUAAACUUUUUUAUCUAAUCUGAUUUUUGUGCUUAGUAACUAUGGUAGCUGUUAUCAUGGUAUUUAAACUGUCAUGGUAGCUGUUUCCAUAGUAACGGAUGCCACAACUCAAUCAAGUUUGAUCAGAUCUGUUUUCAGUUUUGUCUCUUAUCGUGGUUAUUGUAGUUAUUGUGUUACGAUGAUGCGUUGCCAUGGUAACUGUUUCCACGUGUAUUUGUUACGCGUCCUCUUAGUCCUAUUUUUACCCAAUAAUUUAUUUUCUACGUCACAAAGAACAUUUCUAUUUUCAAUUUUGCCCGCUAAUGGUCGAAUUCGGACAAUUAUUAUGAAAUCCGCUAAAUAAGUAUAUUGGCAAUAUUAAAAGUAUAAAAGUAUUAACCUAAUAUAACGAUAGUUUUGAUUUUAAAUACUUUAUAUGGGUUUAAACCUAAUACGGGUUUUACCAAAUUGUUUAUGAAUUUAAUGGAAAUGUCUUUGAAAUUAAACAUCAUACCUCAUUGAGACUUUAAUGUAAAUAGCACGGUUUGUAGUUAAUGAGCAUGCCCAUUAGAAUUGUAAAUCUUCUUUUAGCUGAACCAAAUCUUAAA